UCACUGAUUUAAGAUAACUUAAGGCCAUUAGAUAGGGAUUUAUGGACGUUGUCCUUGUGUCCCGUGGAGAGAUAGCCUUAACAGUACACAUAGGUCUCACAUCAAUUGGAUCAAAAUGUCGGCCAUAAACUUUGAAAUUACGGACCAAAGAUUGAAAGAAUAUGAAGAAAAUGGUUUCAUUAUCAUAAGGAAUUUCUUCGAUGAGGAAGAAGUGAGAAAGAUGAAAAAAUGUUUUGAAGAGACAGAAGAAAUGGCCAACCAAAAGAUAUCGCUUGAAGAUGGUUUGGGGAGGGAUGUUGACAUAACAGUGUGGAAUAGUCCCGGAAGUGACGUCACUGGAAUGGCGGCUAGGUCAGAAAAAGUUGUCAAUGCUGCUGAAAAGCUUCUUGGUAACCUUGAAGUUUAUCAUUACCACGGAAAGUUAGUGCAGAAAGAACCUAAAUCAGGAGGAUCGUGGUUGUGGCACCAAGACUACGGUUACUGGUACCGAAAUGGUUGUCUCUUCCCUGAAAUGCUAACUGUAUUUAUGGCAGUAGAUAAAUGUGACAAAACAAACGGAUGUUUGAAGGUUCUGAAGGGUUCACACAAGUGUGGCCGGAUUGACCACAGUAUGGUGGCUGGUCAGACGGGGGCAGACAUUGACAGAGUCAGAGAACUCAAAAAGAAACUUGAAGUUGUUUUCGUAGAACUGAACCCAGGUGACGUCCUGAUGUUCGGUUGUAAUCUGCUUCACUGCAGUGGGCCAAAUAAUUCCGACAGACGGCGCUGGGCGUAUCUGAUGUGUUAUAAUACACGUCAUAACAACCCGGUCAAAGUUCACCACCACCCCUGCUACACACCUUUACAGAAGGUGCCAAAUUCUGCAAUCAAGGCUUGCGAAAAUUACACAGAUUUUUCAGGGAAAGCAUUUAUGGAUAAAGAUGUUAAUGAGACAGUUAAAAUCCAUAAAAAGGAAAGUUAA